AUGGCGGAAACACAUGCCUCGCACACAGCAACGAGCCAAGUGGAGCGAACACUCCAACGCAUUGACAAGCUAUUUGACCGAUUCUGGGCCCAGCUGGAGAAGCAAGCGCAACCCACACAGCUACCAAGUCAAGGGGGAACCCAGAGGGGCCCAAGCCCUAACACUGAAUGUUAUCAAACGGGCGCAAAACCUACCCUGCAAACCACCAAGUCCAGGACCGGCCCACGCAAGCCGAGGACAACAGGGGUGCAUAACCCGCAGCGAACACCACGAGGGCGAAAAAAAAUCCACCGCAAGCGACAAACAUGCAACAGGACCCUCCACCACCCAUGUGGCAAACAGGACUUGGACCUUCUGAGACAUAGGGCCUGGAGCCCGAAGUCGUUAGUCCUUGACCCGGCCCGAAGUCAACAAGAGGGUGAAUGCUGCCCUUACCGCACCUCGACCCUGGAGAAACCAAAAGCCCGCAGCAAAAGCAUACCUGAAAUAGGCAUCGGCUAA